AUGUCCUGCCCAGUUGUAGAUAUUAAAGAUCGACCCCAUAAUGAUAUACUUUUACUCUUUGAUGUAGAUGGUACUUUAACGCUUCCAAGAGAUAUUAUUAGCCAAGAAAUGUUUGACCUUUUGGUGGAGUUAAGAAAAAAAGUAGUAAUUGGAUUUGUUGGAGGAGGUGACCUUGAAAAGCAGCAAGAACAGCUUGGACUUAAUAAAACGCCAAUUAUUGACAUGUUUGACUAUGCAUUUCCUGAAAAUGGAUUGAUAGCUUAUGAACAAGGAAAGCUUUUAGAAUCCAAGUCCUUUAUUCGUCAUCUAGGCGAAGAAAAGUAUAAAAACUUUGUCAAUUUCUGUUUAAAAUAUAUUUCUGAAUUAGAUAUUCCAAUUAAAAGAGGAACAUUUAUUGAAUUCCGUAAUGGAAUGAUAAAUAUUUCCCCCUUAGGACGUAAUUCAACAAAGCAAGAACGUAAUGAAUUUGAAGAAUAUGAUAAGAAAUAUCAAGUACGAAAGGAAUUCAUCUGUGCUCUUCAAAAAGAAUUUUCCGGUUAUGGCCUUACUUUUUCAAUUGGCGGUCAAAUUUCUUUUGAUGUUUUUCCUAUAGGUUGGGAUAAAACAUAUUGUCUAAAACAUCUUCAGAAUAAGAAUUUUAAGAUUUAUUUCUUUGGAGAUAAAACUCAUGAAGGCGGCAAUGAUUGGGAAAUCUACAAUAGUCCAUUGACAAUUGGAUACCAUGUUAAAUCCCCUAAGGACACUGAAAGAAUUCUUCGUGAAUUAUUUUUUAGCGAUGAUACUUUUUCUUUAUAA